AUGACCAUCACCGAACCCACCACCGACCUCCCCACCCACCAACGUGCCGCCAUCCGGCAAGGCACCGGCCCGACCUCCACAACCACCAUCGAAACCAUCCCGGUUGAGAGACCCGGCCCAGGCCAAAUCCUCGUGAAAAUCACCUGGACGGGUCUCUGCGGCUCCGACAAGGGCCUCCUGCACGACGACUGGGCAGCAUUCGGGGUAAGUAUGCAGCCCGAGGCCAAGGGGAUCGCCGGCCACGAAGGGGUCGGGAGAGUGGUAGCUGUGGGCGAGGGGAUGGAGACGCGAUGGAAGAUCGGUGACCGAGCGGGGAUCAAGUGGAUUGCGAGCGUGUGUGGGGAGUGUGACUUCUGUUUGACGGGGACGGACGAGGUGAAUUGUAUCAAUCAGAAGAAUAGUGGGUUUACCAUGCCCGGCACGUUUCAGGAAUAUUGUCUUGCCGAUGGACGGUAUGCGUCGAGGAUUCCGGAUGGGGUGAGUGAUGAGGAGGCCGGGCCGAUGAUGUGUGGCGGGUUGACGGUUUAUGUGGCUUGUAAGAGGUCGAAUGUCAAGGCUGGCCAGUGGAUUGUCCUUCCCGGUGCUGGUGGUGGGCUCGGUCACUUGGCUAUUCAGUUUGCGCGAGCCAUGGGCAUGAGGAUCAUUGCUAUUGAUAGUGGGGAGGAGAAGCGCGAGCUGUGCCAGCGGCUUGGGGCAGAGGUGUUCAUUGAUUUCCAGCAGACUCCAGAUGUGGCCGCCGAGGUCAUGAAGGUCACCAAGUAUGGUGCUCAUGGCAUUAUUGUGACGGCGGCCACGAAGGCUGUUUAUGCGGCGGCACCGGGCUAUCUUCGGCCAAAUGGCACGAUGGUGGCUAUUGGGUUGCCCAACGACCCUACUAUCUUGGCUGGUGCUCCCCCGUUGAUGAUAGCACUCAAGAAGCUGAACAUCGUGGGGUCCAUAACUGGUACUCUGCAGGACACGCAGGAGGCGCUUGAAUUUACUGCAAGAGGCAUCGUUCAUCCUGUUCUGACCAAGGGUAAAUUGGAGGACUUGGACUCAUGGGUCGACAAGAUGGCCAAGGGCCAGCUGGCUGGUCGUACUGUCCUUCAGGUAAGCAGUGAUAACUGA